AUGAACAGGAAACUCUAUUCAGGCCACACCUUGCGCCAGAUCAGAUCCGACUUUGGCCUCUCGCAGACCGAGUUCGCCAAAAAGAUCGGGCUCUCCACCGCCUAUGUGAAUCAGAUCGAGAACAACAACAGACCGGUCACUGCCUCCGUCCUGCUAACUAUCAACCGGAUUUUCGGCAUCGACCUUGCCGCGUUCGAGAAGAAUGACCUCGACAGGGUGGUUCAGGAUCUGGAGGAGGUUUUUGCCGACACCCAGUUUCACAGUUCUACUGUCAGCCGACAGGAAAUUCAGGAACUGGUGACGCGGGCGCCCGGCGUAACCCAGACCAUCAUGGAUCUUUACGGAGCGCUGCGCAGCUACCAUGACCGGGAUGUGCUUGAAGAUGAUCUUGUGCAGAUGAGCGGAGCCGACGAGGCCGGUGUAGGUGUCCGCAAAUCCGCCUAUGAUGAAGUGCGUGAUUUCUUUCACUAUACGGACAACUAUGUCGACAGCCUCGAUCGGGCGGCUGAAAAACUCUCCCACGAAAUCAGCCUGCACAAUUGCCAGAGCAAGUUCGACAUGUUGACCGGCUGGCUUCGCAAGCGCUUCGACAUUGGCGUCGAACAGGUUCAGGACUACCAGGGUACGCUGAUCCGCCAUCAGGACUACACCCGCAAAAUCUCGAUCUAUCGCGCAAUCCCCCAGUCCACCAAGAAUUUUCUCCUUGGGACGGUCAUCGCGGAACUGUGUGUAAAAGAUCUGAUUUCAGAAGAAGUCAGGCAUGCAAAUUUCAGAACCGGCUCGGCGGAGAGCAUCGCAACGCUCGCUCUUCGCAACUAUUUCUCCGGCGCAUUGCUGCUGCCAUAUGACGACUUUCUGCGCACGGCAACAAAGUGCCGGCAUGAUAUUCAGCUUCUGUCGAACACGAUGGACGCAAGCAUCGAAACUGUUUGCCACCGGCUAUCGACACUUCAGCGCCAGGGCGCAAACGGCCUGCCUUUUUACUUCGUCAAGAUUGACCGCGCCGGCAAUGUCGUCAAACGGCACAGUGCAACCCGCUUCCAGUUCGCCCGCUUUGGAGGCUCCUGCCCACGCUGGAACGUACAUCAGGCCUUUGAGCAGAACUCGAACAAAUUUACCGCCCAGAUCGCGCAGAUGCCGGAUGGUGUCGAGUAUCUUUGCAUCGCCACCAGCGUCACCAAGCAUCAGCCGGACUAUGGCACCGGCGAACGCAGGUAUGCGCUCGGCAUCGGCUGCGAAGUCAAGUAUUCGGACGCGAUCGUUUAUGCUGACAGGUUGGCGGUUGACGAGACAUCCUUGCCUGAGCCCAUUGGUGUCAAUUGCCGCAUCUGUCCGCGAGACGAUUGUGAUCAACGGGCUUUCCCGGCAAUCGACAAGGAACCCUUCAUCGACCCGGGUCAGCGCGGCAUCGUGCCGUACCGGGUGAAGGCCGCCGGAUAA